AGCGUCGUGAGAGUUGCGCGGUGCUGCGGUUCUCCUGUUCAACACACACACACACACACAGUUCGUAACGUGCCGGCAACCCGCGCGUUCUCUCCUCAUCAGAAGAGAAAAAGCACCCGCAGUGUCCGGUCGCAUUGGACUUUCGAAUGAUGCCGAUAAUAUCUCGGCGGGAGAGACUAUCACGAAAGUAGUUCGAUCAGCUUCGGCUAAAGUUAUUUACUAUCGAAAUUAUUCACUAUCGAAACUAAAAGCAUCCGCUCAAACGGAUCGAGCGAUUUUCAAUCACCGAAAUCCAAUGAAAAUAAGUGACAAGUGUUAUUUGCUCAAGUUCGUUUGAAAAAUCAGCGCCCUCGGGAGUUGUCCGAGGCGGAAACUCCGAGCCUCGAAGAUUCGGAAGCUCCUCGAGAAAUGACUUGUGCAUUCGACAGAAAAAACACACACUCCCUGGAAUUUGUUCCCGUUUCUUAUACACACGAGUGACAGUUUGAGGAAGCAAGUGGAAAGAGUCAGGUCGAGUGGAUAGUGUCCGGGAUAAAGUCGCGAGAAGAAAGGACGAGGACAGUGAGCUCGUGUAUAGACAUACUUUGCAGAGUGUUUGUCCUCGGGUGGACCAAAGUUUCGGAGACUUUUAUGCUUCGCUUCGCGCGUGUGUGUAGGUGCAUGUGAUUUUGUGAAUGUGGAUGGUGAACGCGAACGAGCCACGAGGACGUCAAAGUCGUCAGGAGACUCUCGAGACCGAAGCCUCUUUUCCCACGAAUUCUAUAAAGGCGGGAAAAAUCACAUUGAAUUUUUAAGGCUCGUGGACACUGCGAAUUCGAUAACGCCAGCUCCGAUUUUCGCUGCAUUAUUUUCGUUCAAUUUCACUCUUUCUGUGCCAACUCAAUUCAGAUCUUCUCUAAUCAGAGGUUUAUUGAACGAAUGAUCGAUCAUAGUCGGUGGCUCUUUCACACGAAACAUGAUUUUGAACGCUUCCGUUAAUCGUGAACAUUCGAACUGCAGGCUUUUAUCCAAACCGGUCUGGAGUCUACAUAAGAACCAAGAGAACUUUUUCAUCCAUGUGCGGAAUAAUUGAUGGAUUUAAUCUAAUGUUGAGGUGAAGUGAAAAAUCACAAUGAUGAGGUGCCUGUGGAUAUGGAUCGUAUUCGCCGCCGUUCUGCCAGCUGCGGUCCCAUGGCAGGCGGAUCGCAGUAAGCCCAUGCCGCGCCUGUACGGCGACAGAAUUCCCACGAGGGUAUUAACACCGAGCAACAAAAAAGUUCAGAGAAAGAUCGUUAUUUACCACAACUUUUUUCGAACUCGGGUCACCCCAACGGCCGCCAACAUGCUCGUUAUGAAAUGGCACAAUGGAGCCGCUAAAGCGGCACAACGAUGGGCCGAAGCUUGCUACGCUCUGACCCACGACAAUGCCACUGGACGACACAUCGAUGCAUUCGGAAGUUGUGGCCAAAAUAUUUUCAUAUCAACCGCUCAAGUCCCAUGGUUCUUCGCCAUAAAAGCGUGGUAUUUGGAGAAUCAGCUCUUCAAGUAUGGACCACGAGCAAAGAACGACCUGAGCAAGGUCGGCCAUUAUACGCAAAUGGUUUGGGCGUCGACUCAUCGCGUUGGUUGCGGUUGGGCAAAGUGCAACGGCACCAGAGGACCACGUGGCCGACCUUAUUUCAGCUACGUGUGCAACUACUGUCCCUCUGGCAAUCAUAUCGAGAAGUUGAGCACGCCGUACGUGGCAGGACCUACGUGCAGCAGCUGCGAGGGCCAUUGUCGUCUGGGUAAACUCUGCAAGAACGCCUGUCCGUGGGCCGAUCUCUGGGCCAACUGUCGCCAACUUUACGACACAUGGCCAUCAUGGCUGUGCCAGAGCGACACCGAGCAGGGACGUGAGAGACGACAGUUUUGUCGGGCAACCUGCAGAUGCCGAGACAAGAUCGUUUGAGCUUCUUUGUAACAUUGGCUCGUUCGAACGUGGAGCUCGAGGGUAACGGGGGAGGAGCUCGGGGGGGGAGGGAAUACGCCACGGCGAAUUGUGCAUGCUUGGGAGCAAUGGAAAAAUAUCCCGAUUAUGAUGAACUUUCAAAUAAUGACGUUUCGCGAAACGAUCUUCAGGAAAACGUUGAAAGAACGCCACUCGCAUCCCCUCGUGAGAUUCACACAUUUUUCCAGGCUUUUCCAGAUCGCUGAAGCUCCGACAAAUUUCUCUCCCUCGUCCAAUACAAUUUAAUAUGGAAUUUAAUGGAAUUAAUAAACCUUUCAACUAUGAAUGAGAAACUCGGCAAUUUUGCGACAGAUGCGAGAGUCUCGUGCAGUAUUUGAACUGCCAGUUAAUAACGAAAGUGUCCGGAGCGAGCACCGGUGUGAGAGAAAAUGACAAAACUCCGAGAACCCGAGUGCAGGGAUUCUCGUCGGUUUUCAGGUCCGAAUUUCCCCCGCAAAUAUUCCGUUUACCUUUCAGAUUCCAUCCACUUACGGAAAACCCCCAAGAAUCCGGCAAUAAUCUACAAAAUUUGUUCACGUGGAAAGCUGAAAAUCAUGCUAAGAGCUUUGGACGGUUACGAACAUGCUCUACCCGCCGGAAUUCUCCUCCCUCCCUCAACACGCUGCGGAGUUUUUUGAUAUUUGUAAACAAUAAGCUGUCUAUAUAUUUAUGCAUGCUGUGUAAAUAGUUAAAUAAUAUGUACGUGCAUAGGAUUAUCGAGGUGUAGGUUUAUCAUAGGGAUGGAAGAAACAUCGAGGGAGAGAGAGAGAGAGAGAGUGAGAUUUUAAAGGAGUGCCGAAACUCACUGGGCCACUCUUCGCUGGUUCGAAACGGUAAUUAUUCGUUUACCCAUCUUAGAAUUUCACAUGAUCCACAAAACAAUGAAUGAAACACUUAAAAACUCGGUAUUUUCAAUCAACAAUGAUUACUAAGUGGAUAAAAAAACGAAGAAUAAUCAUUUCGGAGUAACGAGAGCGACCGCACGUCCGGGAACCCGAGUAAGCAACAGCUGGAACGGACAUUUUUCAAGUUUUCGCCGUUUGAAAUCUCAAGAAAACCUCCGAGAAAUUCUUCGGAGUGUGACUCUUGAGAUGUACGUAUUUCGAGUUACUUUCUCUCCACGGGAUAACUUUAACUAGAUACUUCAAAAUGUUGAAAAAGUUUGACUUGACGGAAAAGGAAGUUUCGCUCUAUUUCGAGACGCCCAAUAUCGUGUGACAGGUUUGAAAAAGCUUCAGCUGUGUAAAAAUCGACCAGAGACAGUUACACUGACCGUGCAAACGCAAAUACACAAAGUCGAAGUCACUCCGAAGCUCGAAGUACGAUUUCACUCUGAAGAAUCGCUUUCGUUCGUGAAAAAGUAUUAUCGCCGUUUGAUGCUUGCUCGGCGCAGUGAAGGCAAAAAGAAUUGAACGUUCUGUAAUCGUGAAAUAAAUGCGAGAGAAUCAAUCGAUAAUGUAUUAGUGUAUUGAUCCAUAAUUCAUGUUAAUAUUUGUUCGUAAAUAGAUGAUUGACAAGUCGAAUGAAUAUCUGAGAAAUUUAUCGUCAGCUCUAAAUCUGCGCUAUGACUUUCCGAAUCGUGUCAAGCUAACUGGAUCAUUUCGUACUUAAACUUCGAUCAACAAAUAUUGAUGCAUAUUUUUUUCGUUCGAACUUUUGUGCAUCACGUGAAAAGAAUGAAAACAAAAAUCAAUUAUUUUUCUAACUCGACUUCCUUGUCACGAAAAAACGUGAUUCGUAAUUGAACGUUCAACCGUCAUAUACUAAAUGUUUAUUUUCUAACAGAUUAUACGUCUAUCCGUUCAUGUUGCGAAAUUUCAUCGAUUUUCAAUGUGAACUUUUAUCGAUUUGGAAGAUGAAUGAAUUCAUAUACGUAGAGAAUCUUGUACCGUGAUAUGGAGAGGUGGCUGGUGCGACGAAACAAACGUAGAGGUGUAUUAUAUGUAGCGAUAUUUACUCGUUUCAGUUUAUCGCACGAACUAUUCAUCGCGAAAAGAGUUCAUUAUGUAAGAUCAUGAUAGGCUAUGGUAUGUAAUAAAACGUUAUAAAUCACA